UUACUCCCACACGAUGAGCCACUUAGGGCUGAGCCUCCUCCUCCUCCUCGUCCUGUCUGUGACCCUCACCUGCCUGGACGCAGCCCCCGCGGACAGAGUGAAGAUUAGUGAUGUCUCUAAUAGGACCUCAAAGAAAGGAUGGAUGAUGACCCUGCAGACCGGACACUUCACCCCGAGCAUCGACCGACCUCCGCUGGAGAGCAACCGACAAAAGAGGAGUCAGAUGGAGAAAAGGAAAUGUAACACAGCGACCUGCGUCACUCAGCGUUUGGCCGACUACUUGGUGAGAUCCAGCAACAACCAUGGUCCUAUCUAUGCGCCUACAAAUGUGGGGUCCUACACUUACGGCAAAAGGGACAUUGUGGGUCUUCUACAGCGGAAAUUCUUUGAUUAUCUCCAGCAUUAGACAAUCACGUUGCUCCCAGGAAGUUCUUCUUAGGAACGAUCACGAAACUUUAACUCAAAUAUUGUAACAUCUGCUCAGUUAUUACAGGCGGUCAGUGCCCCCUCCCCCAUGUGCGGCCACUUUCUAAAGGACUUAGAGAGGUUUCUUCAAGCUGCUG